AUGUCUGCAGAAGAGCAAGCAGCCCAGCGCGAGCAAGAUGCAAACAAUCGUUUCAACAUGCUGUCUCAGAUUCUGGAUCAGCAAGCAGCGCGCGAUCGAUUGCAGAGGAUUGCAAUUGUCAAGCCAGACAGGGCGAAAGGUGUAGAAGACUUGAUUAUCCGCAUGGCACAGUCUGGUCAGGUCCGUCAGCGCAUCACAGAACCAGAGUUGGUUGGAUUGCUGGAGGAAAUUGCAGGACAAGAGGGUGCCAGGCAGCAGACCAAGAUUAUCAACGCACGACGACGAGACUUGGAUGACAGUGAUGAUGACUGGAAUUAG